AUGCUGCCCGGGCUCCGGCGCCUGCUGCAAGGUCCUGCCUCAGCCUGCCUGCUGCUGACACUCCUGGGCCUCCCUCCUGUGACCCCCAGCUGCCCUAUGCUCUGCACCUGCUACCCCUCCCCACCCACGGUGAGCUGCCAGGCCAACAACUUCUCUUCAGUGCCGCUGUCCCUGCCACCCAGCACCCAGCGACUCUUCCUGCAGAACAACCUCAUUCGCUCCCUGCGGCCAGGCACCUUCGGCCCCAACCUGCUCACCCUGUGGCUCUUCUCCAACAACCUGUCUACCAUCUACCCCGGCACCUUCCGCCAUCUGCAGGCCCUCGAGGAGCUGGACCUUGGUGACAAUCGGCACCUUCGCUCCCUGGAGCCCGAUACCUUCCAGGGCCUGGAGCGGCUGCAGUCCUUACAUCUCUACCGCUGCCAGCUCAGCAGCCUGCCUGGCAACAUUUUCCGAGGCCUGGUCAGCCUACAGUACCUCUACCUCCAGGAGAACAGCCUGCUCCACCUACAGGAUGACUUGUUCGCGGACCUGGCCAACCUGAGCCACCUCUUCCUCCACGGGAACCGCCUGCGGCUGCUCACGGAGCACGUGUUCCGCGGCCUGGGCAGCCUGGACCGGCUGCUGCUGCACGGGAACCGGCUGCAGGGCGUGCACCGCGCGGCCUUCCGCGGCCUCAGCCGCCUCACCAUCCUCUACUUGUUCAACAACAGCCUGGCCUCGCUGCCGGGCGAGGCGCUGGCCGAUCUGCCGGCUCUCGAGUUCCUGCGGCUCAACGCCAACCCCUGGGCGUGCGACUGCCGCGCUCGGCCGCUCUGGGCCUGGUUCCAGCACGCGCGGGUGUCCAGCUCCGACGUGACCUGCGCCACCCCGCCCGAGCGCCAGGGCCGGGACCUGCGCGCGCUGCGCGAGGCCGAUUUCCAAUCGUGCCCGCCGCCCACGCCCACGCGGCCGGGCAGCCGCGCGCGUGGCAACAGCUCCUCCAACCACCUGUACGGCGUGGCCGAGGCGGGCGCGCCCCCCGCGGACCCGUCCACGCUCUACCGAGACCUGCCCGCCGAGGACUCGAGGGGGCGUCAGGGCGGGGACGCGCCCACCGAGGACGACUACUGGGGUGGCUACGGCGGCGAGGACCAGCGGGGCGAGCAGACGUGCCCCGGGGCCGCGUGCCAGGCGCCCGCAGACUCGCGUGGCCCCGCGCUCUCGGCCGGGCUGUGCACCCCUCUGCUCUGCCUCUUGCUCCUGGCGCCCCAUCACCUCUGACUGCGGUGCUCAGACGGAAGAGGCCACGGCCUUCGCCCCGCUUCCCCUUCUCCGCCUCCCACCGAGCUGCUCCAUCCUCUCCCCCUUGUUUGCAGCCCGGCCUGGCGCCUUCCCUAGGCCCCCUCGCUCCUUUUCUUCCCCGGGACCACGCUGCCUCAUUUGCCUUCUGGGCUGUUCUGACUUACGAAGGGCAGCCCCUAAGGCGGUGUAUAAGGUGGCUCGGCCCCAUUCGCCCUGAUUCUAGCCACUAACUCUUGUUCCCCAAUCCCAAGGCUGGGGCGGGGCGCCCCAGGCAGCCGAUGCUCCUCUCUCCAGGGCCCCACAGUGGACUGGAGGGGCUUUUGUCUGUAGAGCACCCUUCCACCAGCAGAGCCUUUGAAAGCUCCCCCGGGAGCCUCCCUUCCUCCCCCGGACCUUGGGAGGGAUGCCUCAGCAAGGCCCAGGCUGCUCCUGGACCCUGCUUGUCCUGAUCCCUUUAGCCUCCUGACACCUGGAGGAAUACUUUUCUCCUAAGUCUACC